CGGUCGCGCUAACUUUGACAGGGAACGAUGGCGGCGACGGGUUCUGCAGGGUUACCGGCAACCGUGUCGGAAAAGCAAGAGUUUUACCAGCUUCUGAAGAACCUGAUAAACCCAAGCUGUAUGGUGCGGAGGCAAGCAGAGGAAAUCUAUGAAAACAUACCAGGUCUGUGUAAGACUACAUUCCUCUUAGAUGCCGUCAGAAACAGAAGAGUAGGUUAUGAGGUGAGGCAAAUGGCUGCCGCGCUGCUACGACGGCUUUUGUCCUCUGGGUUUGAGGAGGUCUAUCCAAAUCUGCCUUUCGAUGUUCAGAGGGAUGUCAAGAUUGAACUGAUACUGGCUGUUAAGUUAGAAACACAUGCUAGCAUGAGGAAGAAGCUUUGUGAUAUUUUUGCUGUGCUGGCUAGGAAUUUGAUAGAUGAGAAUGGCACUAACCAUUGGCCAGAAGGUCUGAAGUUCCUUAUUGAUUCAAUCCACUCUAAAAAUGUAGUUCUGUGGGAAGUUGCACUUCAUGUGUUUUGGCACUUUCCUGGGAUUUUUGGGAACCAAGACCGACACGAUUUGGAUAUCAUCAAAAGGUUGUUGGACCAAUGUAUUCAAGAUCAAGAACAUCCAGCAAUCAGGACAUUAUCUGCUAGAGCUGCAGCCGCAUUUGUACUUGCUAAUGAGAAUAAUAUUGCACUUUUCAAAGACUUUUCAGACUUGCUUCCAGGAAUCUUACAGGCUGUGAAUGACUCAUGCUACCAGGAUGAUGAUUCCGUACUAGAGUCCCUUGUUGAGAUUGCAGAUACCGUACCUAAGUACUUGGGUCCUUAUUUAGAAGAUACUCUACAGUUGAGCCUGAAGUUAUGUGGAGACUCUAGACUUAGUAAUCUGCAACGCCAGCUGGCUCUUGAAGUAAUAGUGACCUUAUCUGAAACUGCAACACCAAUGUUGAAAAAGCAUACAAAUAUUAUUGCACAGGCUGUUCCUCAUAUAUUAGCAAUGAUGGUUGAGCUACAAGAUGAUGAGGACUGGGUAAAUGCUGAUGAAAUGGAAGAAGAUGAUUUUGACAGUAAUGCAGUUGCUGCUGAGAGUGCACUAGACAGACUGGCUUGUGGGCUUGGUGGAAAAAUUGUCUUACCAAUGACCAAAGAGCAUAUCAUGCAGAUGCUUCAGAGCCCUGACUGGAAAUGUCGACAUGCUGGAUUAAUGGCCUUAUCUGCCAUUGGAGAAGGCUGCCAUCAGCAAAUGGAACCAAUUCUAGAUGAAACAGUUAACUCUGUUUUGCUUUUUCUUCAGGAUCCUCACCCAAGGGUAAGGGCUGCAGCCUGUACUACUCUUGGACAGAUGGCUACAGAUUUUGCACCUAGUUUCCAAAAGAAAUUCCAUGAAACAGUGAUUGCAGCUUUGUUGCGUACUAUGGAAAAUCAAGGUAAUCAGCGUGUGCAAUCUCAUGCAGCUUCUGCCCUUAUUAUUUUUAUUGAAGACUGUCCUAAAUCAUUGCUAGUUCUAUAUUUGGAUAGUAUGGUGAAAAAUCUGCAUUCCAUUUUGGUGAUUAAACUUCAAGAGUUGAUUCGGAAUGGAACCAAGUUGGCCUUGGAACAACUUGUGACAACGAUUGCCUCAGUUGCAGAUACCAUAGAAGAAAAAUUUAUUCCAUAUUAUGAUACAUUUAUGCCCUCACUAAAACAUAUUGUUGAGCUUGCUGCUCAGAAGGAGCUCAAGCCUCUGAGGGGAAAGACUAUUGAGUGCAUUAGCCAUGUUGGUCUUGCUGUUGGAAAGGAAAAAUUUAUGGAAGAUAUAUCAAAUGUGAUGCAGCUGUUGCUGAAGGCACAGUCAGACUUAAAUAAUAUGGAAGAUGAUGAUCCUCAGACAUCUUACUUGGUUUCAGCAUGGGCUAGAAUGUGUAAAAUUCUUGGAAAAGAUUUUCAACAGUACCUCCCAUUAGUUAUUGAGCCUCUUAUUAAGACUGCCUCAGCUAAACCUGAUGUGGCUCUCUUAGACACACAAGACGUGGAAAAUAUGAGUGAUGAUGAUGGUUGGCAAUUUGUAAAUCUUGGAGACCAGCAAAGUUUUGGAAUUAAAACUUCAGGACUUGAAGCAAAAGCAACUGCUUGCCAGAUGUUGGUUUACUAUGCCAAGGAAUUAAGAGAAGGAUUUAUAGAAUAUACAGAACAAGUUGUUAAACUGAUGAUUCCUUUACUGAAAUUUUAUUUCCAUGACAAUGUUCGAGUAGCAGCAGCAGAAUCCAUGCCUUUUCUCCUGGAAUGUGCAAGAAGUCGUGGCCCAGAGUAUAUUUCACAGAUGUGGAAGUGUAUAUGUGAUCCUUUAAUCAAGGCAAUUGGGACUGAGCCUGAUACAGAUGUACUUUCAGAAAUAAUGAAUUCAUUUGCAAAAUCCAUUGAGGUAAUGGGAGAUGGUUGCCUUAAUGAUGAACACUUGGAAGAACUGGGAGGAAUAUUGAAAGCAAAACUUGAAGGACACUUUAAAAACCAAGAAUUACGACAGGUUAAAAGACAAGAAGAGAACUAUGACCAACAGGUUGAGAUGUCUCUACAAGAUGAAGAUGAAUGCGAUGUUUAUAUUCUGACCAAAGUAUCAGAUAUUUUGCACUCAUUAUUUAGUACUUAUAAGGAGAAGAUUUUACCAUGGUUUGAACAGCUACUUCCAUUAAUUGUAAAUCUAAUUUGUUCAAGUAGGCCAUGGCCAGACAGACAAUGGGGAUUGUGCAUAUUUGAUGAUAUUAUAGAGCACUGCAGUCCAACUUCAUUUAAAUAUGUGGAAUAUUUUCGGUGGCCAAUGCUACUAAAUAUGCGAGACAACAACCCUGAGGUCAGGCAAGCUGCUGCUUAUGGUUUGGGUGUUAUGGCACAGUUUGGUGGUGAUGAUUAUCGUUCUUUAUGUUCAGAAGCUGUUCCAUUGUUGGUAAAAGUUAUUAAGUGUGCAAAUUCCAAAACCAAAAAAAAUGUAAUUGCUACAGAGAACUGCAUCUCAGCAAUAGGGAAGAUUUUGAAGUUUAAGCCUAACUGUGUAAAUGUAGAUGAAGUUCUUCCACACUGGUUAUCAUGGCUUCCAUUGCAUGAAGAUAAGGAGGAAGCUAUUCAGACUUUGAGUUUUCUUUGUGACUUAAUUGAAAGUAACCACCCAAUUGUAAUUGGUCCAAAUAAUUCAAAUCUUCCCAAAAUAGUCAGUAUAAUUGCAGAAGGAAAGAUUAAUGAGACUAUUAACUGUGAAGAUCCUUGUGCCAAACGUCUAGCUAAUGUUGUUCGUCAGAUAAAGACUUCUGAAGAGUUAUGGUUGGAAUGCAUAUCCCACCUUGAUGAUGAACAGCAGGAAGCUCUGCUGGAGUUGCUAAAUUUUGCUUAAACCACUUUUAAUAUUACUUGACUAUAAUCUAUUAUAAAAUAGCUACGAAUAAAUGUUGUAAAUGUAUUCCAUUAUAAGUAGACCUUUCUGCCAAGCAGUUUAUAUUUUUCUCCCAUGUUUCUCCAGGAUUAGUGUUACAGUCUUCUGUUUAUUUUGCAUGUUUUAUCUCUUAAAUGUAGACUUUGGUGAUAAUCUGUGCUUCCAGUUGUCUUAGAAUGUUUUUCACCUUUUCUGUUUGGUUUGAAGUAUAUAAUUGUUGCUAUUUGUCUGAACUAUAAAUGCUGGUCAAGCAGUAUACUGUACUUGGUGCCAAGAUGCUAUGCUAUCACAAGAAGCUAAGGCUUACAAAGAUAAGGGAGAACUUUCAAGACAAAGAUCUUUGGAAUGAAGGGUAAGAGAUAUAGGGUAGGUUUAUUCCUCCUUUAUUCUACUGCUGGUUUUUAUGGUAAUAGACAGAUGCAGUAACUGGGAGAAUUUUAAGAUAUUGUUGUAAAUGUAGGCAUUUUCCUUAUAAUAAAUAUAUAUGGAUGUUUUCAUAGUAUACUCCAGAGAACUGGGUGAAAUAUCCAUUCUAGUUUCUAAGAUAGUCUUCUGAGACUUUUGACUACUUUUAAACCUCCUUAACCAAACUAGUCUCCAUGUGUGUGCAUACCCAGAAUUUUAAGAACCAUUCUUUUUUUUUUCUUUUUAUGAGCAGAAUAUAUUUAUUGAGAGAAAAAAAGCUCCUGUCCAAGAGAGGGACAGGAGGGGGGCCCGAGCGGAUAGUUCCCCUGAUUAAGAACCAUUCUUAAUGAAAAGAAAGUUCAGGUACAUCUAACACUGGUAGCAUGUAAGGUACUAUAAUACAUUGUUUGACAAUAGGAAUCAAUAUUUAUGGGAGUCAGUGUUAAAUGUUUCAACAGAGUAUUCCUUUAUGUAGAUAUACCAUUUUACCCCUGUAAAAGAGCUCAACAAGAAUGAACUGCAUUCAGAAUGCAGCUGAAACAAAUUUUUAUUUUAAAGACACAAACAUUCUAUGGUAGUACUGAAGGGUAUACUUUUGUUAAAAUGAAACAAACUCAAUUUUAUAUUUAAAUAUUAAAAUAGCUUUGAGACUAGUCUUUGUCAGCAUAUGUUUAUUAUAAGAAAACAGUUCUACAAAUCUAGGGUUAGUUAUAUUGAUUAGAAUGUCAGUCUUUAGUGUUGAGCUUCUUGUAGUGUAGUAAAAGGUUUCUACUCACCAAAUCAUGAAUCCAACAGUCAAAUACUAUACAUCUAUCAUGACUUCCUGAGGCUACUGUGAGUACUGUAUAUUGUAUUUAACAAAUAGUUAAGACCUAGUAAGAGCUAAAUAAAUAAUCAGUGUUACUGCAUUUGUACCUGUAGUGUAUUCUUUCAAUAGUUUAUAAUUCCUUAUAUGUUAGGAUUUCCCCAAUUCAGAUGGCAGGCCAUUUAGGUCAUUGUGGAUAGAGGUUAAAAGUGUGAGGUCUUACAUAUGCAAUGUCUGUUACAUAUAAUUAUUUAUUGUUAAUUGUGGAGGGGAGAAAGUUAAGGACAUUAUGUAUAGUGCAGUCACAAUUUUAUUUAAAAUAUAGGUGAAUAAAUUAAAAAACACCAUCUCAAAGUUUUAACAGAUUUUGUCUUAAGUGGUGGGAUUAAAUGUUUGUUUGUUUUUGCAGUACCGGGGAUUGAACUCAGGAUCUUACACUUGAGAGGCAUGUG